AUGAUCUCGAAAGUCUUCUCCAACUUAAUUGACUCUGGAAUUCUUAAAUAUAUGUAUGCACAAAAGGGGGGAUCUCUACCGGCGUGGGGUCACAAGGGUCCCUCCCCUUCCGAGCUGGGGCGGCCUGAGGCGCCGCCCAACAGGGGGCGCUGUGCCCGCCAUGGCGGCCGCGCGGCGGAAGAGGCGGUGCGGCCCUGCCCCAAGAUGGCGGCGCCCAGGCGCGGCGUGGCGGCGGGCGGCGCGAAGGGGAUGAGGCGGCCGGGGGCUGCCCGCGCCCGCCGCGGCGGCAAGCUGGACCGGCUGCGGCAGGCGGUGCACGACUUCGUGCAGGCGGCCGGCGACCAGCCGCCGCUGGCCCUGCUGAGGGACUCAGAGAGGCAGAGCCGCAGGAGCCGUCGGGACGCCAGGAAGGAGAAGCGCAGGCUCAAGCGGAGCCGACGGCGACGGCUCCAACGCGGGGAGCUGGUGGAGGCUCCCACCGACCCGGACAAGCCUGCUCCUGCCAAGCCGUACUCUUCUAAACCCGCUCCGGCCAAGCCUGCUCCGGUCAAGCCUGCUCCGGCUAAACAUGCUCCAGCCAAGCCGGUUCCUGCCGCUCGCCCCGCAGCCCCGACCUCGCCCGCCGCCGGGAAGCAGCGGCCGGGUCCGGUGUCGGCACCAACAUCGACAGCCCUUUCGGCCCCCUCGGCCGCCGCCGCCGCCUCGGCGCGGAAACGGGCCCUGCUGGAGGCCAACGAGGAGGAGGAGAAGGAGAUCCGUCGGCUGGAGCGGCAGCUGGGGCUCGGGAAGCGGCGCAGGAAGCAGGAGGGGCCCGCGGCCGAGCGGGUACCGCAGAGUUUCCUGCGGGACGGGCUGGGAUACGUGCUGGGAGCCCUGGGCACCCGGGCUGGGCUCAGCAGGCUGUGCGAGAGCAGCGACGACGAGGAGGAGGAGGGAAAGGAGCAGGAAACCAAGCCAAGGCCGCGGGAGCGCCCGCCGGAGCCGGAGGACGACGACGAGGAGGAGGAUGAUGAGGAGGAAGUGAAGGAUGAUGAUGAGGAUCAGGAAGACGCCUCAGACCCCUCCGAGGGGGAUGACGAGGAAGGACGGUGGGAGAGCGAGAGCUCGUCCUCAUCCCCCGAGAACGACGAGGAGCCAGAGGCCAGCGAGCCCCUGGAGCAGGAGGAGGAUGAAGAGGAGGAUGAGAGUCAUAAUCACAGUGCUACAAAGUAUGUUCCCCCUCAAGUAAGGAGAGCUCAGGAGACACUAGAUGACAAGAAAAGAGAAGAAUUGGGAAGACUGAAGAAAAUGGUGAAUGGCCUCAUUAAUAGGUUGAGUGAACCAAACUUGUCCUCCAUUAGUGGACAGAUGGAAGAGCUCUACAUGGCCAACAGCAGAAAGGACAUGAAUGACACUCUGACAGAUAUUCUCAUGAACGCCUGUGUCACUGCGGUUGCCAUGCCCACGAGGUUGGUGAUGGAGCAUGUCCUUUUGGUUAGCAUUCUUCAUCACAAUGUAGGAAUUGAGGUCGGUGCUCACUUUUUGGAAGCUGUGGUGAAGAAAUUUGAUGAACUCUGUAAAAGUGAUGCUGAAGGGAAAGAAUGUGAAAAUCUGCUUGCCUUGAUUGCUCAUCUCUAUAACUUCCAUGUGGUUCACUGCCUGCUGAUCUUUGAUAUUCUGAAAAAGCUUGUUAGCACUUUCACUGAAAAAGAGAUUGAGCUGAUUUUGUUUCUUCUGAAAAACGUGGGCUUUUCCUUAAGAAAAGAUGAUGCUUUGGCUUUGAAGGAACUGAUUACCGAAGCCCAGAGGAAAGCAAGCACAGCAGAGAAGAAAUUCCAGGAUCAGACGAGGGUUCGUUUUAUGCUGGAGACUAUGUUGGCACUAAGGAAUAAUGACAUGAGGAAGAUCCCUGGUUAUGAUCCUGAGCCAGUCGAAAGACUCCGCAAGUUGCAAAGAACACUGGUUCGCAGCGGUGGUUCGGGAAGAGACACUCAGCUCCGCGUCUCCCUGGAAUCUCUGCUCAGUGCCGAUCAGGUUGGUCGGUGGUGGAUCGUGGGGUCAUCCUGGAGUGGAGCACCAAUGAUCAGUGAUACAAACAGCAAGGUUCAGCAAAAACUGCAUUUAGGAAAGGUGAGUUCAAAGAUAAUGGAGCUUGCUCGGAAGCAGAGAAUGAACACUGAUAUCAGGAGAAGUAUUUUUUGUGUCUUGAUGACAAGUGAAGACUUCAUGGAUGCCUUUGAAAAGCUGCUCAAGCUUGGACUGAAAGAUCAGCAGGAGAGAGAAAUAGUUCAUGUUGUCCUGUACUGCUGCUUACAGGAGAAGACAUUUAACCCCUUCUAUGCAUUUUUGGCUAACAAGUUUUGUGGAUAUGAAAGACGAUUUCAGGUGACAUUUCAGUUCAGUAUUUGGGACAAAAUCAGAGACUUAGAAAACCUGUCAGCUGCUGCCAUCUCCAACUUGGUUUCACUGUUGGCUCACUUAAUAAGGACAAAGUCACUGCCACUUUCAGUUCUCAAGGUAAUUGAAUUUAGUGAACUAGACAAACCCAAAGUCCGUUUCUUGCGACAAGUAUUAAGCACACUGUUAAUCAAAGCAGAUGCUGAAGAACUGACUGACAUUUUUAUGAGGGUAUCAGACAACCCCAAACUGGGAAUGCUACGGGAAGGCUUGAAACUCUUCCUUACCCACUUCUUACUGAAACAUGCACAGGCCCAAAAGAGUGCUGAAGAAGCUAGCUUGUUAAAAGAAAGAGUUGAAGUAGCAACCAAGGCUUUGGAGGCAAAAGAACCCAAACUGAAGUUAUAGUUCUGUUUUUCUGAUAAAACAUACAGAAAAAUAUUUCAGACCCAAAUAAUUGAGAAUGAGGAGGGCCAUUUUACUCUAAAGGAUUAAUUUUUUAAUGUAAAUAUAGUUACUUUGCUCUACACACUAGUGAGAGGUUUAAUUGAAGGGGAUACGAGGCCUUUUUGGAGAAAGGGAAAAUAUAUUUUUGUCAUGUCCCUUUUUGAUACAAGUGCUUCGUGUUGAUAGUUGGUAUCUGGAGAAGAGGCUGAAUUUCUCUUCCAUGAUACUCUCAGUCAGCAGCAGUGUUCUGCAUUGCACAUUCUAACCUUUUGAAAUUGUAAAAUAAUGGCACCAUAAAUAAUAAAGAAGCAGCCUUAACUAAAGGCACUUGCCUAAAGAAAGGGGCCACUAGAUGGCACAAGUACUGGUGAGUCGGUUUGGGAAGAAAUCAACUUUUUUUCCUUAAGUGUUGGAAGUUAUUUGCUAAUUCUGUGAAUUGUUUCCCUGACUGUUGGUCAGGAAAAAGAUCUUCAGCUGGAUUCAAAGCUCUCGUAAAGUGACUUGAAGAUCUGACUUUGCCCAAUUAUAUUGGGUUUAGACAUCACAGCAUAAUUUUAUUGCAUUUUUUUAGCCUGUUUUCCACAGCUUUAGAAUUGGAUUUGCCUAGUCACUUGUGUAAAAAAGAUAAAGAAUAUCAUCAAUAUGAAUAUUUAAUAAGAGAACACCUUCUUUAAGAAUUUGCUCACAUCUUCCAAUCAGAUGUUUAAAAUAAAUGGUGUACAUUUCUGUAUAACA